UGUAGCCCUCAGUCUUCGUGCAUCGCGGUCAUGGCAGCGGAGGAGAAGGACCCCCUGAGCUAUUUCGCAGCUUACGGGAGCAGCAGCUCAGGCUCCUCGGACGAGGAGGAUAACAGCGAGCCGGAGGAAACGAGUCGCAGAGCUCCGGAUCCGGCGAAGUCGGCGGGCGUAUGUGGGAAAAAGACGGAAAAGCGGCUGCCUGGACCCGACGAACUGUUCCGGAGCGUGACUCGUCCAGCCUUUCUCUACAACCCUCUCAACAAACAGAUAGACUGGGAGAGACACGUCGUCAAGGCGCCUGAGGAGCCGCCAAAGGAAUUCAAAGUCUGGAAGUCAAAUUAUGUUCCACCUCCAGAGACGUACACUACUGAGAAGAAACCUCCUCCUCCAGAGCUGGAUAUGGCAAUAAAAUGGUCUAACAUAUAUGAGGACAAUGGUGAUGAUGCCCCACAGAACGUUAAGAAAGCUAGGCUUCUCCCAGAAGGGGAGGAGACGGUGGAAUCAGAUGAAGAAAAAGAUGAGCAUACUUCUAAAAAGCGCAGAGUAGAACCAGGAGAACCAACGAAGAAGAAAAAAUAGAAAACAACAAAUAACAAGAAAUUUUGGACUGCAAAUCUUAUCAGAAUGGUUUUUUGGCAGUUAAUAUUGUAAAUUACUAUGAAACAUCAUCUUCAUGAAAGUACGUGGAUAAACUAAUAAGUAUUGCUGCAGGAACUUUCCACUGUAGAAUUCACUUUUUAUUUAAAAUUUAUAUGUAUUUAAAACUCAAAUGGUGACUUGUGAUUGUGAAGUUGACAACACUUGGAAGCAUUCUUGUCACAAAAUCGGUGACAUGCUUUGAGAGUUCUGUCACAUGUUGACAUGCCAGUGUUCUAGGAACCUUUUAUAAAGGAAUGUAUUUUUAAAGUAAAUAUAUUGUAUCAUACUGUGAACUUGUAGGGUGCUUUUCAACAGUGUUUGUACAGUGUAAAUAGAUCAUGGAAAUAAAAGUACUUCUUCAAUAUUACUGUUACUGCAUAACAUUAACAUUUGAGGAUCUGUGACAGACACCCUGUUUGCCAUGUGAUGUUAUAGUAGCUAUUACCGUUUAGGGAGUGCUUCCUGUGUCCGGGUGCUUCGUGCGUACUUCUCUGUGACCCGCAAGCAGCCUAGUAAAGUAUGUAUCAGUAGCCUCGUCUUAUAAUGAAGAGUGAUUAAUUUAUGCAAGGUUACAUAGCUAGUGAGCAGUGAAUUUGGGAUUCAACGCAUGAUACUUGAACUCUAAAAUCAUUACACUAAACCACCUAUCCACCAAUCAAAAUUUAGGAACUGCAAUUGGUGGCUCUUCCAGGUACUCUUUUGUGGUAGUUACGGAGAUCCUCUCCUCAGGUGGAUGUGUUACUGCACUUAUCAUACACAUACACUUUAUAUUAUGAAAAUUUGUCAGUUUCCCUGUUAAAUAGUAAGUUUGCUGAAGAUAAGAAUCGUCGACAAAGAGUUGCCAGAUGUCUCAAAUAAAAAUACAGGACAUACAGUUAAAUUUGAAUUUUAGAUAAACAUCAAGUAAUGUUUUAGUAGAGGUAAUAUUUAGGACCUAUUUCUACUAAAAAUAUAUCAAAAAUUAAAAUUUAACUGGGCAUCCGGUAUUUUUAUCUGCCAAGCCUACUUCUAUGUGUUUGCUACCCAGCUCCACUUUUAAUGCUUUGCAUAUAGUAAUCAAGAAAAUCAACAAGGUUGUAGUCAGGAAGAUAAUCUUUGAUUUGACAUCUACAGUCCAAAAUGCAGUGCUAGUAUUUGUGACAUUUCGAACAAUAAAAAGAAAUACACUACA